ACAUAACCUAAUUUAUUUUAACAGUUCAACUUACAACACGUGAGUUGAUGUUAUUUGCGUGUUUAAUUUUAUAAAUAAUAUACACAAUGGUGUCCAAACGAAAGAAGAAGUAUACGUCAGGCGAGGGGGCUCAAUAUAUGACUAGAAAAGCGGCUCUAAAAAAGCUACAAUUAUCUCUUAACGACUUCCGCAAGCUAUGUAUAUUAAAAGGCAUUUAUCCAAGGGAACCAAGAAAUCGCAAAAGAGCCCAAAAGGGAAAGGCAGGAAUAAGAACCAUGUAUCAAGUCAAAGAUAUACAAUUCUUACUACACGAACCAAUAAUAUGGCGUCUCAGAGAUUACAAAAUCUUCAAUAAAAAAGUAGGACGAGCUAGGGCUGUGAAAGACUUCGAGAAACUAAAUAAGUAUCUCAAUAGUCAUCCAACUCUAAAAUUGGACCAUAUUGUUAAAGAACGUUAUCCUACAUUUAUUGAUGCCCUUAAAGAUUUAGACGAUUGUUUAACAUUGUGUUUCUUAUUUAGUACAUUCCCUUCUUUAGCACAUGUACCUAGAGACCAGUCGGCUUUAUGCAGGAGAUUAACAUUAGAAUUUCUUCAUGCAGUUAUUGAAGGUGGAUGCUUGAGAAAAGUUUUUAUUUCUAUUAAAGGAUUUUAUUUCCAAGCAGAAAUUAAAGGGCAGACAGUUACAUGGAUUACACCUCAUCAUUUUUCAUUUACACCUCAUUCUAAAGCUGAAGUUGAUUUUAAAGUUAUGUCUACAUUUGUUGAAUUUUACACAGUCAUGUUAGGGUUUGUAAAUUUUAGAUUAUAUCAUAGUCUGAAUCUAUAUUAUCCCCCUAAAUUUACUGCUUUACAACAAAGUGGUGAUGAGAAAUCACUUGUAGAUGAAGAUAUAUUUGUAGCUGAAAGGGUAGCUGCAUUAAAUUUACCCCUUUCAAAAACUUCAAAUGAAUUGGUAGAAGAAGAUUUUGAGUUAGAUAAGUUCAAUGCAGAUGGUAGUGAAGCAAAUGAGGAAAGGCAAGAAGAGAUCCGUAAAGAAAUGGAAAAGAUUAAAACAUUAAAAAAUUUGUUCAAAGGUUUUAAAUUCUAUUUGAACAGGGAAGUGCCUAGAGAACCACUUGUCUUCGUUAUACGGUGUUUUGGAGGUGAAGUAUCUUGGGAUAAAACACUUUUUGUUGGAUCAACUUUUGAUGAAGAUGAUGAAUCUAUUACUCAUCAGAUUGUUGAUAGGCCUUCAAUGGACAAACAAUUUAUUUCUAGGUUUUACAUUCAACCGCAAUGGGUGUUUGAUUCUGUAAAUGCUCGGGAUCUACUUCCAGUUCAGAAAUACUUCAUGGGUGAAGUUCUUCCUCCACAUCUGUCUCCAUUUAUUGAUGAGGAAAAAGACCAACAGUAUAUUCCUCCAGAAGCUAGAGCUCUGUAUAAUGAAAAUGAACUGGAGGAACAGCACAAGAAUGAUGAAAACCAAGAUGAGGAAAAAGAUGAAGAGAGUGCAGAAGGGGCUGAAGAUGAUGAUGAUGAAGAAGAUGUUGAAGAAAAGGAAGACGAUGAGGCUACUGCUUCUAAAAAACCAAAGCUGUCUGUCAGCACUGGAGAAGUGUUCAAAGAAGUUCCAUGGGAAAAAGACAGACAGGAGAGGCAAGAGUUCCGUUUGAGAGAAAAAAUGGUCAAGAAGAAACACCGAAACUUAUACAAAAGUAUGAUGGAUGGAAAGCAAAAGAGGGCUAAAGAAAUAUGGUUACUGAGAAAGAAACGAAGGUUGCAUGACGAAAAAGAAAAGGGAGAUAAAAAAACCAUCAAAAAAGAUAAAGGAAAAGAGGGUUCUAAGAAGAAAGUUAAGAAUUAGUAUUUUUUUAUAUUCAAUAUAUAAAUAAAAUAUAAUACUUGUUA